GCGUGAGUUUGAGAUCUCGCGAGAGAGCCCGCGAUGGAGGAGGCGGAGGAGGAGUCGGGCGCGCCGGUGGCGGGCGCUGUUGCUGCUGCGGGUGGAGGAGGAAGUGUCAUGGCGGCGGCUGUGGCGGGUUCCGGACCAGGCGCGAGUUCGGCGUCGCGCGGAGCUGGUUUGGGGAGUUCUCGCUGGUUCUUCACCCGAGAACAGCUGGAGAACACGCCGUCGCGGCGCUGCGGCGUCGAGGCCGACAAGGAGCUCUCGUACCGUCAGCAGGCGGCCAACCUCAUCCAGGACAUGGGCCAGCGCCUCAACGUGUCUCAACUUACAAUUAAUACAGCAAUUGUUUACAUGCACAGGUUUUAUAUGCAUCAUUCGUUCACGAAAUUUAAUAGAAAUAUUAUCUCUCCAACUGCUUUAUUUUUGGCUGCAAAAGUGGAAGAACAGCCACGAAAGCUCGAACAUGUUAUCAAAGUAGCACAUGCCUGCCUUCAUCCUCAGGAGCCACAGCUGGACACAAAGAGUGAUGCAUACCUUCAGCAGGCCCAAGAGCUGGUUAUACUUGAAACUAUAAUGCUUCAAACUUUAGGUUUUGAGAUUACCAUUGAGCAUCCACACACAGAUGUUGUGAAAUGUACGCAGUUAGUGAGAGCAAGCAAGGAUUUGGCACAGACAUCCUAUUUCAUGGCUACCAACAGUCUGCACCUUACUACAUUUUGUCUUCAGUACAAACCAACGGUAAUAGCAUGUGUGUGUAUACAUUUGGCUUGCAAGUGGUCCAACUGGGAGAUCCCUGUCUCAACAGAUGGAAAACAUUGGUGGGAAUAUGUAGAUCCUUCUGUGACUUUGGAAUUACUGGAUGAACUAACACAUGAAUUUCUUCAGAUAUUGGAGAAAACUCCCAGUAGGCUAAAGAGGAUUCGGAAUUGGAGGGCUAAUCAGGCUGCUAAGAAACCUAAAGGAGAUGGACAGGCAUCCGAGAAUUCUCUUCUUGGCUCGUCUUUGGUUCAGAAUUCCAUUUUAGUAGAUGCUGUUGCUGGUGUGUCUGCAAGUGCAAAUUUCCAAAAACAGUCAACAUCUUCAUUUCCUGCCCCAGUUCCUCUGAACUCAGGAAGUAUUUCUGUUCAGGACAGUCAAGAAAAUCUGGCAAUACUAGCUGCUGGAAUGCCGGGUACAUCUUACACUUUGUCAGCGCACCAAGAAUGGCCUCAACACCAAGAACAAACAAGGACAGAACAGAUAUAUUCUCAAAAACAGGAGACUUCGAUGCCUGGUGGUCAGUUCAGUGUAAGCUUUCAACCUGGCACCUCAGUGCAGUUGCAUUCGGGGUUACAUCACAGAGCUGACAAACUCUCUGAGCAUCCUGCGGCCCACAAACCAGGAAGCAAACAUCAUGCCCCUGUAAUUAUGCCUCAGAAAAUGUCGUUGGAUAAAUACAGAGAGAAACGAAAACUAGAAACACUUGAACUGGAUGUAAGAGAACACUACGUGGGAACAGAACAGCAAUACAAAAAGCACACACAACCCCAAGCAACCAGUAGCAGUUCUGUAACAUCCCCUAUUAAAAUGAAAAUUCCCAUUGCAAACGCAGAGAAACCUGAGAAACACAUGCUUGACAAAAAAGAAAAGGCUGGGUCACUCAAAUUGCGCAUACCCAUUCCACCCACAGAAAAGAAUACAAGUAAAGAAGAUUUGAAAAUGAAAAUCAAAGUCUCUUCCUCUGAGAGACAUAGCUCCUCAGAUGAGGGCAGUGGGAAAAGCAAACAUUCUAGUCCCCAUGUUAGCAAGGAAAAGCACAAGGAGCAUUCCACAAACCGCCAUCAUGGUGCCAGUCAUAAGCAUUCCCAUGCCCACAUUGGUGGCAGUAGUAGUGGCAGCAGUAAGCAUAUUAGUGAUGGAUUAACCCCAGCUGUUCUGAGGAGUCCCGUUGGCUUGAGCAGCGAUGGCAAUUCAUCUGGCACUUCCGGCUCUUCCAGAAAGAGGCUGUACAGCAAUGAUGCUUCUCACAACCAUCACUCCAAAAUGAGCAAAAGUUCCAAAAGUUCAGGUAGUUCAUCUAGUUCUUCCUCUGUUAAGCAGUAUGUAUCCUCUCUCAACUCUGUUUUUAACCUUCCCUUACCCCCUCCUCCCCCUGUCACAUACCAGGUGGGCUACGGACAUCUCAGCACCCUUGUGAAACUGGACAAGAACCCAGUGGAGAACGGUCCUGAUGCCAGUCACGAGUACAGUACAAACAGCCAGCAUAUGGACUACAAAGACACAUUCGACAUGCUGGAUUCCCUGUUAAGUGCCCAAGGAAUGAAUAUGUAAUCGGUUGAUGAGGUCCUUUUCUCCCCAUUUUUUAUUUAAAAAAAUAUUAGAAUGGAAACCCUCAUAAUGUAAGAAAAGCAACCCCAGCAGUUGCCACCCUACUUUAUAUAGAUAUAGAUAUAUAAUAUAUGUAAGUGCUGCUUUAUCCUUCACUCUGAAAAGAAGAGAUAUAGUAAAUGAGCCUAUCUCCACAUAUGAUAGUGUUAUACAUACUGUAAUUACAUGGAAGGUGCAAAAAUCACAGUAUUUCCACAACCACGGCUAAGAACAGUAGAUUGAAUGGCUGCUUCUAGUUGCAUUGAAUGCCUCACACACUGAUUAUUUAUAACUGAAUAUGCCAGCCACAAUUUUUGUUGCUUAGUUUAUGAAUGAGUGUAAUUUUCUUUUUGUAUUUAUAUUGUAUGUAUGAUUUGCAUGUUUCAAAGAAGGGAUAUGUAAAAUAUGCUGACAAAUGUUUACAACAAAAAAGUGGAGAGAAAUGUACAUACAUUUUUGUAUGUUUAGAUAUACCACAAAUACUCAGGAUUGGAGCUGCUUGUAAGUAUAACCAAUGUACCUAAUCUUUUCCCCUUGUCUCAGAAUUCAACAGUAACACAAAGAGAAGUGGCACUUCCAUGUUAAACUGUAGGCCUUUUGCGGGGGGGGGGGGAGGGAUGCCACUUUCGGACGGCAGUUCAUUAACUGGGGAUCAUGUACCAGCUGUGGAAGAACAGUCAGCCACAGCACCGCUUCCUUCGGUGAGGCAAUGUGAGAACUGUUCAGGCCUCCACUUGUGAUUUUUUUUUUCCAGGACCCAGUUGAUAGCUGAAAUGUCAGUGGCUUUCAGAAGGGAAAAAGAAAGUAUAUAUAAUCUUUUUGAUGUGAAAGUGCAUUUAAAUGUUUGGCUUGAUGCAGUAAUAGAGACACAGAACUGUUAAUAAUGGUUAAAUAGAUUAACGUGAUUUAAGAACUGAGAUAUGUAGACUUGUAUAAUAAAAACUAGUUUUUUGGUUGUUUUUUUUUAAAAGAACUUAAGUUAUUAGUGAACAGGGAUCACUGUUUUCCAUUAGCAUUUCAUACAGACAGCCACGUUUUGAACCCUGUCCCCACCUUCGCCCAAAGUGUGUUGUGAAUGAAAUGCAAUUUCUUUUACAGGUGGAUUACUCUUUGCAAUAAAUAAGUACAAUUGUUGGUAUCCCAAUUUUCCCUUAUCUCAGACAAUAAAAUAAUUGUCACGUAUGCUACGUGAAUUGUACUUGUGAUUGUAGUAACAAACUGGAGGUUGUUUUUCCAGAUCUGAAUAAUCACUCUCCAAUUAAACCACUAGUAUACAUUUUUAUGGCUGUAAGUGUCAUAUUACUGUUUUCAGUCACCUGCCUUUUUGAACAAAUGACUGUUGUGAAUGUUGAUGGGUUUUUGUUAAACAUCAGUGUCCCAUUUUUUAUCGGCUCUGACCCUAAGUGCAUGAAAAUUACCUCAGCAUAAAUUCAGUAUAGUAGCUAGUGUUACUUACUGGGUAUUUUGUGUAAAAGAAUUAAGUUAAUUCUCAUUUUGAGAGGGAUCCGCUACUCAGUAACACCUGUUCUUGUGCAGUUUGUGCUCUACUUGGUUAUAAAGAUUUCAGAAGUGAGUCUGAAGUUUUGAGCUCUUUAGUUACACUAAAAGUGCUUUAGAUAACUGUUGACAGUGUAUCCAGUUUGUAGUUACAGUAUAAUGUAACUACUUAUUCCUCAAUUACUAUGUAAUAUUCAGUUGCCAGUAAUGCAAAACUUUGUACUACAUACUUGAAUACGUUUAUUUGAACUAUGGGUGUCUCUUUUUAACACUUGAACAUGGACACUAUGAAUAAUGUAUCUUCAUAUUUUGAUUUAGACUUUAGCCGUUCAGCCUGAUUCAUCCAAAACUGUUGCUAUUUCACCCUUGUAAUUUUCUACUUUGAAAAAAUAUUUCUUAAACCCUGUAUUGUGAAUCUUGAUCCUGCGUUGUUGCAUUUUUUUAGCCUUUUUAGACUUUCUUCGCUACCUCAUCCAUGCUUUGAAAUCCUGAAGAGCUUUUGCCGUACAGUGUAAGCAAGAUUAAAAUGUCUUAAAAUUGUGACUCCCAGUAGGAAAGAAGACCAGUAAAUGUUUACUUUAAAUAAAAUUUAUUUACAAAGCCUCACA